AUGUCCAUCCCCAACGAGGCCCUGCAGAAAAUCGUGCAGGAGAUCGAGACGCGCGCGGUCACUGCCCAGCAGCAGAUCAACCUCGUCAAGGCCCAGAUUUCCUCAAAGCAGCGCGAUGCGCGACUCGUACAGCUGACGGCCAAUGAGAUCGGCUCAUUGCCAAAGGACACCAACGUCUACGAGGGCGUUGGUAAAAUGUUUGUGGCCACGCCUAUCCCCGUGAUCGACAAGCGUCUAUCAGCCGAGAGAGACGAGUUGAAAUCCGAUAUCAGCAACCUGGAGAAGAAGCUGCAGUACCUCGAGACGACCCACAAGAACAGCCGAGAGAACAUUGAGCAGAUCCUCAGGUCAGGAACGAGGGCGUAA